CGCUCCGAUCUAGGCAACGCCAGAAUCGCAGGCCUCACCGAGGACCUCCAUCUCUCGAACCAGCAGUACUCCAACGUCGCAUCCGUCUUCUACGCAGGAUACCUGGCCUUUCAACUCCCCUCAACAUUACUCAUCAGGAAGAUCACAGCUCCAGUCCAGUUCUUCCUCUGCGCUAUGUUAUGGGGACUGUUCACGACCUGCACCGUGGCAGUGAAGUCUUACGGCUCACUGAUAGCUCUGCGAAUCCUGGUUGGAGCGGCUGAGGCUCUUUUACAGGGCGGCCUUUACUUUGUCUCGAUCAUUUAUAAGCCUAGGGAGCUUGGCUCGAGGCUUGCUAUUAUCUACUCGACAUCUUCGCUGGCUGGUGCGUGCAAUGGGCUUAUUGCUCUGGGUGUCGAGGAGAAUCUUUCCGGUGUGAACGGCUGGGCAGCUUGGCAGUGGCUGUUUCUGGCCCGUGUAAUCCCCAUGGGCUUCGCAUUUGUCGACCUCAUCUUCGUCCCAGCCUCACCCGAGAAACUGCGCUUCUUCUUCAACGAGGAAGAGAAAGCCUUGAUACUACGACGAAGCAGACUCGCACAAAAUACAUCCGAGAUCAAGUUCCUUCCGACACUGAUCCUCGUCUUGUUUAAAGAUCCGGUCUUCUGGCUAUGUGUCUGCGUCUUCUCUGGAAUGACUUUUGCCAGCGCCGCUUUCACCAACUUCCUGCCUGCAAUCAUCAAGUCCUUUGGCUGGAGUUCCGUCACGGCGCAGGCUAUGUCUGUGAUUCCGUAUGCGAUUUCGGCGGUGACGACUAUCUUCUGGGCUUUCCUCAGCGAUCGAAUUGGACAGCGAUUGCUGAUUAUGAUGACCAACAUAUUGAUCGCGAUCAUUGGCUUUAUCUUGCUGCUGACAGUCCAUAGCAAAGGAGCUUUGAUGGUGGGAGCUUGUUUUGUGCUGGCUGGUGUACAGCCUGGCAUUGCCAUCACAACAGCGUUCAUUCCGAAUUCACUGCCUGGUCGUACGUUGCCCAUGCACUCGUCUUAUUCUGACAGCGGCCGCUAA